AACAUUUCAUUGUGUUUUAUUGAAACAACUGAGGGAGGUCAUGGGGCAGCCAAAACAUGUGCUCUAUUACUACUGUAGCAGACUCUUGUAAGGCAGACUCAAGCUCUCAAAUAAAAAAAAAUCAAAUAUUAGAGUGUCUAAAAGAGAGAAAGUGGGUAGCAUUUUAUUUUAACUCCUCUAUUUAUCAUUCAUAUGCAUUCGGGUAUAUAACACAUGAUAGUUGUUAGAAGCUAUACAGUCAUUUUAAGUGUUUGAUGUUGAUGUAGUUGUCAACAACAGCGAAGCAUCCAUAACUGGAUACUGGUAUAAAGACAGAUAAUGAAUGACAGUAUAACACAGCUGUAAUUAUAUAAAAUAAGUCUUCAUAUAGAAGUUAUAAUUGUUGAAAGUGCUGUACAACCACUUGAAAUGUAUAUAUUUGUGCACAACUACAUUAUAAUGGGUUAGGGGUUCAUGAUUGCAAUGUCUGUGACGAAAGGCAAUUUCCUGCGUUUGUGAUUUUCUCUGGGAGAAAUAAAGAGACAGACCGAAAGUUUAGGAAGGGAAGAGAAGGAGCAUACAGGCGGGUUUUUGUGCGUCAGAAACCUUCUUGGCCCAGUUAAAACUCCCUGACACACAUGACACACCAGCUUGUUUGCAAAGGCUCGUGCUGUAGCCAAGAGUCUCCUCUGCUUCUCUGCUGCUCGUCUGCCUCUGUGAAAGGAUCCACUGAUGAAGAGUUUUGCAGGGACGUGGUGCAGCUGCCUCCUCCUCCACAGAGCUCAGAUGGGUGCUGCUUGUGUUCAGCUCCUGUUUGCCGCCACCCUGUGGAUGAUGCCUCACAUGGGAGCCACUGCUGCCGCUGCCGCUGCUGUGCUGUCGAGCUCCACAGAGCUGCUCAACGCGUCCAGAGCUGGAGCUGAGACACAGGCUGACGUCAGGAUGCUCACUGGAGCUGCCGGUGUGUCUCGCAGCAGACGUAAGAGGGCCAUUUCAUCUCGAGAGAUUAACGCCCUGCUGAAUUACCACAACCGAGUCCGCUCUCAGGUCAUCCCCCCUGCAGCUAAUAUGGAGUACAUGCUCUGGGAUGAAGGAUUGGCUAACUCAGCUGACUCCUGGGCUUCACUAUGCAUUUGGGAUCAUGGUCCGACACAAGCCAUGAAAUAUAUGGGCCAAAACCUGUCAAUCACUUCAGGAAGGUACCAGUCCAUCACUGAUCUUCUCAGGUCCUGGUAUGAUGAGAGGCACCGUUUCUCUUACCCCAACAGAUGCAGUGGAUCUGUUUGCUCUCACUAUACUCAGAUGGUUUGGGCGAGCACCAGCAGAGUGGGAUGUGCCGUCAGGAAGUGCUCCAACAUGUACGUGUUUGGGAGCACAUGGAGGGAGGUCACGCUGCUCGUCUGCAACUACUCUAUAAAAGGAAACUGGGUGGGAGAAGCUCCCUAUAAGACCGGGAGGCCUUGUUCUCUCUGUCCGUCCAGUUACGGCGGCUCCUGCUGGAGAAACCAGUGCUCACCAAACACAAGAACCAGAAGACUUUUAAGAUAUUAGCACAACGCUGUGUUUUAAAUGUGUUUUAAUGGAAGAAAGAAAAAAAAAUUCAAAGUCAUAAUAGUCCAUGUGAAGUCCAGCUUUAAUGCAAUGGCUGCACAACAGAAACAGAAAGUGAUGCAGCUGUCCAGUUACCACUAUGUUCAAAGUAAAUCUUUAUUAAUGAAUGUUUCACACACACAGUUGAGUUGAUGUACUGAUACAGUUUGAAUGAAAGUUUAUAUUUUCAUUGCUGUUGAUCAUCCGCAUCACUGACAAAAUAAUAUUGAAAACAAAAGAGGUGAUUUUCUUGUAUUGGGUGAAAAUAUGUUUCUUAUUUUUAUACUUCAUGAACACAUCAGAGUUUUUGCACUGUUUUUGAUGAAUUUAUUGGUUUGAAGGAUUUUUUAGGCAUUGACCAAAAAUGAAGCACUUUUGUUGAACAGAUUAAACUUACUGUAACCUUGGAUGUUAUUGAUUCUGUUUUCUAACCUGAUUAAUAAAAUAUUUUUCAUUGCUCACUGUGAAAAA